GGUUCAGUAAAUGGUUUCUAACUGACUUUCUCUGAAAUCUCUCUGGAUGUUGUUUUCUCCUGCCUUGCUCGAAUGUUGGAAAAGACUCGACAGCAGCUUCAGGAUGAUACUUUAAACUUGCGGACACAGCUUCUUUCUGAACAGAAGAAACGUGAGCUACAGGAAGCAAAUGCUCGACGGUUGGAGAAGCGCAAUAUUUUACUUAUCAAGGCUCGUGAUGGGAUGAAAGGUAUUUUGGAUUCUUAUGACAAUGAGUUGGCCAGCAAUUAUUCACCACAGCUAAAUCGAAGGGUCCGUGAAGCAGAGGAUAUGGUGCAGGGUCUACAUACCCAUAUUGCAGAGCUGGACCAUCAGCUGUCGCAGGCCCUGGAGGAUGCUGGCAACCACAAGCUAAAAGCACAGACACUUGAAGCAGAAUUGAGUGUACUUCAGAAGCAGGUUGCUAUGACUGACCAGAGCAUCACCAAAGAAGAGGGAAAUGCACUGAGACAGAAGAUUGAAGAGCUGGAGGCUGAGAGAAGCCGUCUUGACAAAGCGAACAAGGACUUGGAAAUGAAACUGGAGCGAUACAUCCUUCAGGGUGAUUAUGAUCCCACCAAAACAAAGGUGCUUCACUUGAGUAUGAACCCUUGCAGUCUGGCGAAGGAACAUCACAUCACAGAGCAGAAGAGCCUAAAGGAAGAAUGUGAGCAUCUCCGAGAACGGGUGCGGAUUCUGGAAGAAGGCACAGACCCUGAACAGUUGGGGUCACGACCCAAUCUGCCACCGUCUCAAGAAAUUGCAGGAAGGUACGGCAAUUCUUUCAAACGGCACUUAUUCGACAAUAACCUGGACAAAGGUGCUCCACAAGUCCAUCCCAACUUUUGAUCUCAUUGCAGCCGAGGGAUAAACACGGACAAAAGAGUUGAAGUUAGGAGAGGAAAUGAGAGUGACUGCCUCUAACAUCUGAGUGUGGCAUCAAGAACUGUAACAAAACUGCAGUCAAUACCAUUUGAGAAAAACCUGCCAUUGGUUGGAGUCAUAGCUGGCACAGAGGAAAUUUGUUGUCGUUGCUACAAAUCAAUCAUCUUAGAUACGGGACAUUGUUCUGAGUGUAGUGUCCUAUAGCCAAACAUCUGAAACUGCUUCAUUAAUGGACUUCCCUCCAUUAAGAGGUGUGAAGUGAGAAUGCUGAUAAUUGCAAAAUGAUCAACACCAUUCAUGACUUUUCAGAUACUGACAUAGUCUGUGCCCAAAUGCAGCAAGACCUGAAUAAUGUAUUCAGACUUGGGCUAAUAAAUGUCAAGUAACAUUAGCCCCACAAGUGUCAGAUGAUGACCUCAUCCACAAAGGAAGAAUCCAACCAUCUCCCCUUGACAUUCAAUGGCGUUAUCAUUGCUGAAAAGCACACAAUCAACUUUGUGAGUGUUAACGUUCAACAGAGGUUUAUCUGGACAGCCAUAAAAGACUGAGCUUACAAGAGCACUUGGAAAUUCUGUGGCAAGUAACUCACCUUCUGAUUCAUCAAAUCAUGUCCAUCGUCUUGACAGGCACAAGUCAGGAAUAUGGUGGAAUACUUUCCAUUUGCCUGGAUGAGUGAUAUUUUAGCAACACUCAAGAAACUCAAUACUAUCCAGGGCAAAGCAGUCUGCUUGAUUGGCACCAAAUCCAAUACCUUCUAACAUUAGCUCCCUCCAAUACAACUGUACAUUGGCAGCAGUAUGUACCAUCUACAAGAUGCACUGCACUAAAGUUCCUUCAACGGUGCCUUUCAAGUGCGAGAGUUCUAUUAUACAGAAGGACUGGGGCAGCAGAUGCAUGACAAGACUACCACCUGUAAGUUGCUCUCCAAAUCCUGAUUUGGAAUAAUAUCACCGUUCCUCCACUAUUAUUGGGUCAAAACCCUGGAACUCCCUACCUAACACCGAGAAGCUACUGUAAUUGGAAAUCAGAAAAUGGCAAACUUAUUAAAUAACUACUUUCUGUUGGUUGUCCCACUAGAGAAAGACAAUAAAAUAUAUAAAAUAGCGAUGAAUUAUAUAUUGUCAAUCUAGAUGAGCCUACAUUAAAACAGUGGUGGAGAAAAUAAUGGGACAGAUUUUGUGGUACCAGCAGUAACAACAAAUUCAGCUUUUGCUGUUACCAGGUAUCGAGUGAGGCCCCAAACUUCUAGAGUGAUUAUAAUGGGAAAUCACUUCACCAGAAUGAUAGCAGAGCUGGUGAACAGAUUAAAUAGGUUUGUAAUUUUUGGAAUAUAACAGAUUUAAUAGUGAUCUAUUUGAGUUUUUUAAAUUGAUUGAAGGAUUUUACAGGCUGCGUAGAGAAAAGUCAUUUGCUUUGAAAGACUGCAGAAAAUACAUUCCCACUGUACAGUCAAUAACAACCUACACUUUUAAUACCUUUAAAACAUUGUGCAGGAAAAUAAUUAGCUGAAUGGAAAGAGCAAAUUGAGCUGUAUAGUGGGACUCCGUGGAAGAAUAAAGGGAACAACUGUGGGUUAAGAAAGAGGCAUACCUUAAGUAUACAAACAGAGCAGGAAAGGAUGAAAGAAUACGCAAAGAAAUUAAGAGAGCGGUAAAUUUAAGCUACUACCACUUUUUUACUAAAAUAUAAAAUAAAACAAUAAAAUAUUUUUCAGACAUUUUAAAGAAAGCAAGGCUUUGAUGGGAAUGGUACUUUUAAGACAGAGACAGAAUGGUAACAGCAUGCUACAUAAAUAAACAUGCCUUUGGAUGAUGCGAUAAACAUUGAGAUAAGCGAAUUUAAAAUAAAAAAUGUUGGAUGAACUUGGCAAAUGGAGGAGAAAGCAGCUGAAUUAGAUCCAAGUAUUUUAAAAGGAUCCAGGAAAGAUAUAGCAGAGGCAGUAGUAUAAAUGUUGAAUCUGCUGGAAAAAUGUGUGGUGCCAGAGGACUACUAGAUUGCCAAUGCAAUUCUUGUACUUAAGAAAGGGAACAGGUCUGCCUCUGUCUCUCUCUCUCUCUUUCUGUUGUCUCUCUCUUUCUCUUGUCUCGUUCUCUCUUUCUCUGUCUCAUGCUCUCUCUCUCUCUCUCUCUCUGCCUGUCUCUCUCUCUGCCUGUCUCUCUGUCUGCCUGUCUCUCUCUCUCUCUCUCUCUGUCUGUCCGUCUCUCUCUCUGCCUGUCUAUCUAAGAGUAGAAGAAAACAGGGAAACCAGAAGAAAAGGGAGGGCGACAAUAAGAACUUCCAACUCAAGGAGAAGAUUGGGUCCAAUUGGUCCACUACAGAAGUAAGGUUUGCGCAGUUGAAAGCAGUGACAUCAUCACAAAAACCAAAAGGUCAAUAUUUUUGAUUUGAACUGUUUAGUUGGUGACACUUCCAACUCAUUCCUGCAAAAUUGUCUGUUUUGUCCAUCCUGCUUUUGAAUAAUGUGUGCAUUUGGAAUUAAAGAAAUAUAGUUUAAGUCUGCAUCUGAGUAAUUAAUAAUCCAUUUUUCCGUUUCAUGAAAGAUACGUUAGUUAUAAUAAAUACAAUUUAAUUUUUUUGUUCA